AUGCUCAAGGACAGAUUCAACAGUGCAGUCGCACACAUGAACAGCCGCAAGGACCUCAAACUGCCAAACUCUACAAAACUCGCCCUCUACGCAGAUUACAAGCUGGCAACAGAAGGCCUCUGCACCCAGCCACGCCCCUCCCUCCUCGAAUUCGAAAAGUCUGCAAAAUGGAAGGCCUGGAAAGAAACAGGCGACAGCUACUCCCAAGAACUCUCCUCCUCCGCCACCAUGACUUCCACCUCGGAAGAAACCGACACAGCAGAAUUCAACAUCUCGACAAAAGCAAUGGUCGCCUACAUCCAAAAAGUCGAAGAAGGUGAAUGGGGUUGGGUCUUUGACCCCUCAACCAUCGCCGAUCCUUCCUCCACAAUCGCCGCUGUAUUACCGACAGGAGAUUCUGAUUUGGAUGAAUUACAGGCGUAUCUGGGAAUGGACAAGGAUGAGAUCUCAGCCGAGGAGUUGUUGGCGCGCCCUUACGUGCCCCAUGAGAACACUCAAUUUGAUCCCAGUACCAUGACUGCUGCGGGUAUCAGUACCAUGGCCAUGCCCGUCGAAGAGGAAGGAGAUGAUGCGUUAGAAGCGGCCAAGACAGGAUCUGUAGAAGCCCUCCAAAAGGCACUAUCCGCCAACCCCGACCUCGUCAACAUCAAGGACGACAUGGGAAUGACGAUGCUGCACUGGGCAUGCGACAGAGGAUCGUUAAGGAAGGUCAAGCUACUGGUAGAGACAUACAACGUGGACGUGAACGCAUUGGAUGAUGAAGGAUCAACGCCCUUCCACUAUGCUUGUCUCUCCGGGUGGCCAGAAGUCGCCGCCUACCUCCAGUCUCUUCCUGCAGUCGACCAAUCCAUCAAGGAUCAUAGCGGCAUGACUGCCGCCGAGUACCUCGACUAG